AUGAAGCGAUUGCAGGUUGUUGCUAUCCAGCAAGAUCUGCUGGCUUGGAAGGAACCUAUGGGUUGUUACAAUUUAAUCUCUAAAUUGUUACAACAUCCAGCCCAACAGCAAAACGCCAAACAGGCCAGCAAAAAGAAGCCUGAAGCUGCUAAUCUAAACGCAUGUAGGAAGAAUAUCGGGUACGGUCAUUAUGUUUUUGUGAUACGUGUUUUGUCGUCGAAUGUUCUUGCACCACGGUGCGAGAAUACCUUGUCUGGGUUACAAGCUAAGCACCCAGUAGCUUCCCCACCCACUAUUUUGGAUGAAGAUGUCAACUGUGACCAAGUUACGGUUGAUUCUAAGGCGGUUUUCGGCGCAAUCAAGAGUUUUCCAAGAGGUACUUCUUGUGGUCGGGAUGGUUUACGAGCACAACAUAUUAUCGAUGCUCUUAGUGGUGCAGUUGCAGCUGUUGCGGAUGAUUUAUUGGCUUCAAUCGUAGGGGUUGUUAACCUUUGGUUGGCAGGCAAGUGCCCCAUGGUCUUAGGUGAGUUCAUCGCCAAUGCACCCCGUACACCUCUUAUCAUGCCCGGAGGUUGGCUUUGUCCUAUUACGGUUGGAACUAUUUGGCGUCGAUUGGUCUCUAAGGUUGCCGCCUUUUCCAUCGGUAAGGCCAUGUCAUCUUAUUUAGGAGAUCAUCAAUUUGGUGUGUGGGUACCAGUUGGAGGCGAAAGUAUACUUCAUGUUGUUAAUAGUCUGUUGGAAUUGAAAGGGCACUCGGAUAAGAUGUCAAUGUUGCUUAUGGACUUCUCGAAUGCGUUCAAUAUGGUGUGCAGAUGCCAUCUCAUUAGUGAAGUCCGUCUUCAUUGUCCAGGUAUUUCUCAUUGGGUAGAAUUUAGUUAUGCUAGACCUGCUAGACUUUACUAUGAUCAUUAUAUCUUGUCUUCUGCACUUGGUGUUCAACAAGGUGAUCCCCUAGGUCCACUGUUGUUUGCUCUGACACUUCAUCCUCUCGUGAAGUCUAUCGCAUAUCGUUGUAAGCUUGGUUUGCAUGCCAGGUAUCUGGAUGAUGGUGUUAUUAUUGGUGACACGCUGGAGGUCGCCAAAUCCCUGAGAAUCAUAGAAGCUGAAGGUCCAAGUAGGGGCUUACAUCUCAAUAUCAAGAAAACUGAGAUCUUUUGGCCUUCUUUUGAUCCUUGUAGCAUUCUUGAGGGUGUUUUCCCUAAGUAUAUUGGCAGACCUAGCAAGGGAGUUAAACUUUUAGGUGGUCAGGUGAGUUUAGAUUUGGACUUUAUGAGCGACAUGGUGCUGGGCAGGGUGAACAAGACUAUUCAGCUCAUGGACGCCAUCAAAAAACUCAAGGAUCCUCAAAGUGAGAUGUUGCUACUCUGCAACUGCGUUGGUGUGUCCAGAUUAUAUUUCGCUAUGCGUACCACCAAUCCUUCAUCUCUACAACAGGCUUCCGACCUCUUUGAUGACCAUUUGCUCCAAUAUUUUAGGAUUUUAAUCACCGGAGAUAGAGCUGGUUUUGGGACCUUGCAACAUAGAUUGGCUACCCUACCUAUCAAAGAUGGUGGGCUUGGUAUCUACACUAUGGCAGACACUCGUACAUACUGUUAUCUUGCCUCAGAGUUGAACAAGGGAAUUAGAAGAAUAGAAAGUUGUCCUAAUGAAACAAUAAUUUUUGGAUUGUUCCAUUGA